GCUCAAAGCCAGAUUCCUUCAGUUCUUUGCAGGAGCGGUUGGGACGGCUGUGCCGCGAGCUUCACAACCUGGGCCUGGAGCUGAAUCAGGACCUACCCAGUCAGGUGCCGGGUUCGUGGGAUCUGGCACAAGCUUUUCUGGAGCCAGAAGAUGAUGAGGAGCUGGGCCGGGCGAUGGUGCCAGGGGCUGCACGAAGCGUGGCGGGAAAACUCGCCGAGGAGUGGCAGCGUGGCCGGGCAGACGCAGCAGUGGAACUUCGGAACUGGGACCGCACCGAGCAGGAGAUUGCCGGGAAAGAAGGAGACCGGCGGCCCCUCACGGUGCUCUUGUCCGAUCUCUCGCCGCAAGAGGUGGGCUGCUUGCUGCGGACGUGUGAAGCUGCAGGUGUUCCAGAGGUCGUCUUGUGUGAUGAUACGCCUGGACCGCCUGACCCGGCCGUCUUGAAAACAUCUCUGCAGGCAGAGGACUUUCUCCGCAUCCGGCGAGCUGCAGGCGCUGCGGCGGAGCUGCGGCGACUCGCUUCGGUGCGAGCCUCGGAGGGCUCGAAGCGAUGUAGGACAUCAAGCGAAGCAGAGUUCAUGACAUGGGCCAAGUCUAUUGCUCACCUGCCUGCUUGCUUGCCUUUUCUAUUUUGGCUUCUUGCAUUCAUUCUUCGAUCUCGUGCAGCGGAAAGGGUGGUGGAAGUCAGGAUUUGUUCGAGGACUUUGCGCCGUGCCCGCCUGUGGCGCUUGGCUUGGGAUGUCGGAUUGCUGGCUUCCCGCGAAUCCGAGCAUCUCCGGCUGGAUGUGAAAUUUCCUGAAGACUUAAGUGCAAGCUGCAAGCGAUUUGCAUUCAGUUUGGCAAACAGCAAGAUGUCUGCAGCUGCAGCUCGGAAGCCAUGCCUGCCUUUCUCCAUUGCUUGUCUCCUCUCCUAUGACCCGGCACAGGAGGUUUCAUUUUUUUCGGAUGCUAAGGUACCUGUGCGACAGGCUGCAGGGGCAGAUAUUCGUCUGAGCAUGGGUGUGAUCGGGAGCGUGGCAACUUGGCAGAAUUCCAAGAUUUCGAGGCGAUAUAUUGCCUAA